AAAGAACGUAAAACGUAACACUUGUCUUCUUUCUGUUUGUGUUUUGUUUAAUUUCGUCAUCUGAAUCAUAACAUUAGAGGAUAUUAUUCGGUCUACGAGAUACUAAUUCUUAAAGCCUCAGUUUUAUCUUGCCACUUUUUUUCUCUUUUAGUUUUAUUAUGUCAGCUGAUACAUCAAAUUUACUUCUAGUGGAUGAUGAUAUGAAAACUCUGCUGAAUUACAGUGUCUCAGAAGCAGACACUAAGAUAUAUCAGGAGAAUUAUGAAAUGCAGUUAGCUUCUGAUGAAGUUGAUUUACAAACAAAAUUUCAUUAUGCAUGGUGUCUAGCUCAUAGUCAACAUCGAACUGAUGUAAAAAAAGCUGCUGUUUUGUUAGAAGAAAUAUUUAAAGAAGGAACAGAAGAGAUUAAAAGAGAUAGCUUAUUCUACUUAGCAGUAGCUGAAACAAGACAAAAAAAUUAUUGCACAGCAAAAAAAUACAUACAAGCUUUUCUGAGAGUGGAACCUACUAAUAUUCAAGCUCAACAACUAAAUCUUUAUAUUGAUAAGCAUCUGAAAAAAGAUGGUCUUACAGGCAUGGCAUUGUUUGGAGCUGCUACAUUAUUUGGUGGAGCAACUGCAAUUGUUUUAGGCACAGUGGCUGUUGGUGCUGCCCUUGGCUUUGCUUUAGUCAAUAAAAAGAACACAUAAAGGAAAUACCAGCAUGGCUGUUAAAGAGUAUUAUGGACUAAAAACAAUGACUGUGACAUAAAUUUGUAUUAUAAAUGAAAUUAAUGUAUUUUAUUAAAUUUGUCAUAUAAACAUUAGUAUUCAGAGGUGUUAUUAAAGGAAAGAUAGGAAAUUAAGUUCUUGUAACUUUUUGCAAAAUAAUUUCUUACAUGGAACCUUUCUAUAAAUGUCAUAUUCUAUGAAAAUAUUUUUUUAAAAAAUAUUUUCCCUCAAACCUUAUUGUAGUGAACCUAGUUUAUAAUGAACAAAGAUUUUGGUUCCUUUCUGUUACCUCAUUUAAUGUUAUUUUAUCCAGCAAUAUACAGCAAACUUUCAGAUGUAUGAAAAGCGAAUGUAUGGACUAUAUUAAUAUCUCCAACUGAAACAUUUUUAUGUUUUUUGUAAUUUUUUUUUUCAAAUUUCUGCAAAUUUUAAUUAAAAACUUUCUAACCUUUAAAAUCAUCCAUGUUUAGGAUGUUAAGAAUCCAUCCAUGUUAGAAUAAUGGAAAACAUCUUUAAGCCUCUUUUUUAUCCCUAUUUUUUUCUGUGUGAAGCAGGUGUAACACCUAGUUUAUGGAGAACCAGGCCACCUAAUAAGUAUAUCUUAGGGCAUUGUAUGACAUAUAUUACCACUGAGUCAGAGAACUUGAAUAAAUUCUCUGAUUCCAUUCAAUAUAUGGAGUCCUGCUUUAGGCUAAUCUGUGAUGGAAAUUUUGGAUAUUCAAAAAAAAAAAAAAAAAAGGAAUUGAAUCUUAUGAAACAGGGGCUAUGUAGAUAAUUUGUUUUUUAGAGGAUGGAAAUCUUUUAUCCUUAUUGGAUUGUUCUCUUAAUGUUUAAAAUGCUGUUGAAGUCUUCUUACUGUACGAUUUUACAUUCUUUAGAUCUUAUAUAAGAUUUAGGGUAUUCUUUAGUAGAGCUAUUGCACUUUUGCUUUGCAGCCAUACCUAUCUUGGUACAAAUGAAUGUAUUCUCCCCAGAAUUAGACAGGGCAGGUUUUUCAUAUUUUUCACAAAGGUAAAACUUCACUUUACAUAACUGUUUUAUUGAGGAAAUUUUCUAUGUAAAAAAUUCAUCCAUAUGCCAAGCUGUACUGGGAGUAAGGUGAGAAUUAUUUGAAAAAUUCAGAAUGCAUGUAGCCAAAUUGGCAUCUGUCAGGAAUACAGUUUAUCUAAAUCUGCAGUUGGUGUGAUGUAGAAAAAUCAAGGCUUGAUAAGUUCUACUAACAGAAAUAAAUAAAUAAAUAAAUAAACAUUUUAAAAAAGCUAAGUUAAUAAGAUGUUGAAGAUGAAUUGUUGAAUUUGUUCAUCAUUCAAAGAUGCUACAGUUUGCUAUUAUCUGGAUAAAUUAUUAUCAUGAAUGUAUAGUUAAUUAGUACUUAAUUAGUGCAAAAAGAAGAUGUGCCAUUGGAGAAAUGUUAAAAAUUUUAGAGUUACUUAGUAUAUUACUAUAACUUUUGUACUAAUUAAGUGUAAAAUUUUUAUUUUUAGUGUAUUUGGAACUGAAAACAACAAAAAAAAAAAAAAAAAAAAAAAAAAAGGAAUUUAGUAGUUGCAUGCAA